AUGAGUGAUUCUCAAGAAGAAAUGAGAAUCAAUCCCUCAAGGGCUCAGGCUCUUGUUUCUCAGCUUAAUUCCGUCAAAGAGCGUAUUGCUGCCGUAGCAGACGGUCGAAAUGUCCGACUUGUUGCUGUCUCGAAGCUCAAGCCUGUAAAUGACAUUCUAGCACUUCACCAGGCUCCCACUUCACACACCCACUUUGGUGAGAACUAUUCUCAAGAGUUGACUCAAAAAGCGGCUUUGCUCCCGAAAACUAUUCAGUGGCAUUUUAUCGGUGGUCUCCAGUCUAACCAUUGCAAAUCUCUGGGAAAGAUCCCCAAUCUUUCCUGUGUCUCAAGCAUAGAUACUUCCAAGAAGGCCCAGCUUCUCAACACUGCCCGCACCAAUCUUCUUUCUUCGCAGCCUGAUCUUGACAAGAUUGGUGUCCAUGUGCAAGUCAACACAUCCGGAGAGGAAGCAAAGUCUGGCUGUGCCCCCGGCGAAGAGACCGUUGCUCUAUGCCGUGAAGUCAUUGAGAAAUGCCCCAGCCUCCGUUUUCUCGGUCUCAUGACCAUCGGGGCUAUUGCUCGCAGCAAAGCCACUACCGCUGAGACUGAGAAUGAGGACUUUGUUACUCUCAAGGAGCAGCUAGAUCUUGUGGCUAAGGAGCUGAAUUUGGAUAAGGAGAGCUUGGAGUUGAGCAUGGGUAUGAGUGAGGAUUUUGAAGGUGCAAUUCGCCUGGGAAGCAGUGAGGUUCGUGUAGGCAGCACUAUUUUCGGGCAGAGGCCAGCUAAGGCAGAUGCAAAGAUCAAGGAGUAA